AUCAGCAUACUUGUCAGGUUUAAGCUGUGCGCAGACGCAAUGAAAGUGCAAAAUAAACAUCCGGUUCAACCACGUUUUUACACAAUUUGUAAAGAUUGUCAAUGCCUCAGAUAAAAUGGCAAAGCAAUUAUGAAGUGAAUUUAAUCUAUUCAUUUAAUGUAACAAGGUUGUCGAUAAUAGUUUUGAUUUUAAACGUUUUAGUAUGGUACAUUCUUCCAACAACGAGGUUGUACAGGCAUGAAACAGGAUGGAGUCUGGUCUGUUUUGUUGGUGUAACAACUCUUACAUGUCUGGUUGUAUUCAAAUUCGAAAGCAAAUCUGAGAGUUUGCAAGUGAUUCCAGCAGUUGGAGUUAGUGUUACCAUCGUCAACAGACUGGGACAGGUCUACACAGAGUUCUUCCCGAGGCAGCUAGUCCGAGAUGUAGUCAUUGUAGAGGGUAUAAGAAUGCAGAGGCUUGCCACCUAUCUCGUCAUUAUGCACCUCGACCCUUCCACGGGUCAGACGAAAUUGAAACCAUUGUUCGCGAAAUCCAGAUUAAAGAUGGAAGACCUAAUAUCCAUUUAUCAGAAAGUACAGAAGAAUUUAGAGUUUACAUCUGAAAUGAAAAGCUGACCCAGGACAUUGUAGGGGUUAAUAUGCACAAUGUUAAAGAUUGAAAUCAUUUUAUUCUACAUAUACUGUAAAAUUAACAAUGAUGUGGACUCAUUUAUUUUCAUGGUAGAUAAUUUUCAUUGAUAACAGAAAUGUCUUACAUAUUGGCAGAUUGGUUAAUACUACAGAACUACAAGCACUGGAGUAUCACUGAGUAUAAUAAAUCACUCCACAGUAUACCAGAAAAGCUCUUAUUUACACAGGGUGUAACGUAUCGUAAACAAUUUUCAGUGUUCAGUAUUAGGGGGGGGGGGGGGGAUAUGUAUGUGGUAAUGUGUAUUGCCACUAUAGAUAGUCUACAUGGUAGAGAUUUGGAAAUAGGUUAUUUCCCAUCAGAAAAAGUUUGACCGCAACAAUAUGCUGUGUACAUAAAAGGUUUUGUUUGUGUCAGUCAGAUGCUCUGAAGAUAUGUUUUCCCAUUUUAUUUUGUGAAUUAUUUGUUUUACUAUUGGUUUCUUUUUUAUGUAAACUUGACUUAUAACUCUCAUCAUGUAUGUCCAUCCUCUGAUAUUCACUCCACUUUUUAUACUGUAUACAUCUUUUUUGUUUAUACUUUGUAAUUGAAUAUGUAUUAUGCUGAUGAGCCGUAAGGCUUAAAGCCAUGCAAUAAACAAUACAAUACAAUACUUGUACAUGUACAACCCGAGAUUUGGCCAAUUCAUCCAUGUUGUCGAUCCUUAAUUAGCUGACCACCGAUGUCCUUGAUUUUAAUUUGGAAUAACUUACUUUAACAUUGAUUGCAUAGUGAAUUGAUUAAGUGGCGUAUUUUUGUAUUUAUUAAGUAGAAAUUGUAUCACAUCUAGACAAUAACUGUAGAAAACAAUGCUCAUUUACAUACCUACUUGUAUUUACAUUUCAUUCCUGAAAGUUACACUUUUAUCAUGUUGUUCGCCCUGUAAAUGGUGUCCCCUCUCCACUAAACAAAUCACCUUUGCAGUACUUAUUUUGAAGGCUUUUUUAUUACCAGAAAUAUAUUCGGUAAAUGAAUGUGACGAAUUCCUGAAUCAUUAAACAGAGAUGGUGUCCAUCUCUAUUGCCCUUUGAUUAUGUUAACGAUAUGCAAUGUGUUUGUUUUUCACAAAUUUGUUGAUGAUUGACAUUGUGUUAAAUUCUCCAUCCUUUGUCAGGAAUUGGUAUUUAGAUCUGCAGUAUCACUGUCAUUUACACACAGCAUGAAAAGGAUCAUCUAGAGUCCUUAAAAGGGAUUUGUGGAAUUUAUUAUUUGUGGGUUUUUUUUCCAGAAUGGGAUAUUUGUACGUUAUAAGAUGAUCACAUUAACGGCAAUAUCAAUACAUACAUUGUAAUAUUGGAAUCUACCGUAUAAGUGGUAUUUUUAGUGGGACACAAAAGCAAUUUCUCCAUAAGAUAUGGGUAUAUAACUAUAUAUUUAGCGAGAGCUAAUUUUAGCAAUUUUAUAAUUCCAAGAAAGAUAACUAUUACCUCCGAUAUGGAAUAAAUAUUAGCGAUAAUGAAUUUUAGUGAUCCUCAACACGGUCGCUAAUAAUGUCAAAAUUAAAUACUCGGUAAAAAUUCUACUUAUACGAUAUCGAUGCCAAAGCAUAUGUGUGAGAGCAAUUUGGGAUAAAAGGGUGGGUGGGGGAGAAAGAAGAGAAGUGGUUGGAAGAGGGAGAGUAAACGAAAUGGAAGACGAAGGGUGAGAAAAAUAAAAAGGAGAGUAGAGGGAUGGCAGGAGUAGUGACAACCCCAACCCCCAGUCUACCCUCUAAUGUACCUCAGGGAUAAUGCAGUUCUUUAAACAUUUUUCUGGCAUUUAUUGAAAACAUCUUCUCAUGUCUUAUACUGUAUUCUUGGUUUGAUAGAUGCUUUUUUGUAGUACAUGUACAAAAUCAUGCACCAUAAUUAUUACAAGGAUUUUUAUUACAAUUUUCAUCUGGUCUUUCUUUUAUUUUGUGCCUUUAAUGAUGUCUUUAAGCUGAUAAUACAGAUCCUGUACAAUUAUGCCACUAAAUAAAACAAUUAAUCAGUAGCUGGCUUUUUUGUUGUUGUGCAAAAUGUGCAUUAAAAUAGGAAAUAUAAUUAUAUAAAGUGUAUUUUUAGAAUCUCUUCUUGAUAAGAUUACUUUGUUUCUGUUAUAUUUGGUCGUAGUUGUGCAUUAUGUCCUCAAAUUUAAUUCUGUGUUCACAUUUGAAUUACUGUUAAUAAAUCUAUGAGUUUUC